AUGCCGGAAAACGAACGGCCAGGAGACGUGGUGAAUGAAGGAGCUGAACAAUUUUCAAUUUCUCAAAUUUCUACCGACGCUACCAAAUUUCAUCACGUUGUAGCGGCCAUUGAAUCUGAUAUACUUAACUCUGUUCAGGAUUUAGUUUUAAACCCACCUGCUGCAAACAAAUAUACAGCUUUAAAAAAUCGCUUAAUUAGUAUUUUUUCUGAGAGUGAAGCUUCUAAAAUUAGAACACUUUUGCAAGGACUAGAGUUAGGUGAUCAACGUCCCUCCUAUUUGUUAGCUCGAAUGCGAGAACUAGCAGGAUCUCAUCUUAGCGAAAACAUUCUUAAAUCGCUGUGGUUAGCCAGAUUGCCUCAAAAUAUACAAGCUUUUCUUGCUGCUUCAAACGAAAAUUUAACUCAAUUAGCGGCAAUGGCUGAUAAGAUUAUUGAACUCGCUAGCCCUAUUCAAAUAAAUUCUGCUGAAUCAGUUGUAACUAGCGCUAAUCCUACACUUUCUGAUCAAAUUUCUGAACUUACUAAACAAAUUAAUGAACUAAAAACUAGUUUUCAGGAAGCUCAGCAAAAUAGACAAGGACGUGAGCGAACUAAUACCUAUAGGGGUAAUAGAAAUCAUAGUAGGUCCCGUUCUAGACAAAAUUAUUACCGUGAACCACAGAAUAACAUGUGUUUUUAUCACACCAACUUUGGAGAUAGAGCUAGAAAAUGCAAUCCCCCAUGUACUUUUCAAAAUUCGGGAAACCAACAGGGCAGCCACUCCAGGCCAUGAGUGGCGAACGCCAUAUUGAUCGUAUUUAUUUGGCCGAUCCCUCUACGAAAUUAAAAUUUUUGAUAGACACAGGCGCAGAUGUUUUAGUCAUUCCGAAAUUUUGUCCAAAAGC